AUGGUGGCCGGGUUCCGCCGCACGAUCUCGUUCCCGGCGCCCAAGUCGCCCACGCCGCCCAGCAACAAGUCCGCGGCGUACCGGGCCCGGUCGGCGAGCCUGCCGUGCCGGUUCCACCCGCUGGUGCUCCAGCUCGACGACGACGUCGCCGACCUGCGGGCGCUGGUGGGGCGCCUGCUGUCGGGGGCCUCCGCGGAGGCCGUGGCCGAGGGCGCGGAGCAGCUGGGCCGUGUCCUCGUCUCGCUCUCCGACCUGCUGCACCACCCGCAGGCGCAGGACCCGCUGCGCCGGCUGGGGCGGUCCCCGUUCGCGGAGCGGCUGCUGGACGACUUCCUCCGCCUCGCCGACGCGCACGGCAGCUUCCGGGACGCGCUCGUGUCGCUCGCCGCGCUCCAGGCCGAGGCCCGCGCCGCGCUGCGCCGGGAGGAGCCCGCCCGGCUCGCGUCGGCGGCGCGCGCGCUACGCCGGUCCGGCCGCGACCUCCCGCGGAUCGCGUCCGCGGCGCGCACCGUGGCGGCGAAGGCGCCGCCUCCCCCGUUCGCCACGCCGUCCGCCACGCCGAGACACGUCGUCGUCACCACCAGGCCGGCCUCCCCCAUGCCGCGCAUCUGGUGGGUCGCCGACCUGAUGCGGUGGAUGUCGCGCGCGAAGCGCCGGUCAGCAAAGAGGCAGCACGCCGACGUCCACGGAGCCGAGUCCGCCGCCGCGGUAUCCCAGCUGGACGCCGCCGUGGACCCGGACGAGCUGGAGCGGAAGGCAGCGUUCGAGCGACUGGACAACCUGGGACGGUGCAUCGCGGACGUGGAGAGCAGCGGCGAGAAGGUGUUCAGAGCCCUCGUCAACACCAGAGUCUCCCUCCUCAACAUCCUCAGCCCAGCCUUCUGA